AUGGCCACCUUUGAAGGAAAGACGAUCGCCAUCACCGGCGCCGCCAGUGGAAUGGGCCUGGCAGCCGCCCAGCUGCUGGCAGCCCGGGGCGCGUCCAUCUCGCUGGCCGACCUCAACGAGACGGCCCUGACGGCCGCCCUGACGAGCCUGCCCGGCGGCGAGGACCGACACCUGGCGACGCGCGUCGACGUGCGGGAUUCCGCCUCGGUGGACGCCUGGAUCGAGAAGACAGUGCAGCGCUUCGGCCAGCUCGACGGCGCGGUCAACAUGGCGGGCGUGCUGGGGCCGACGGGGCCCACGACGGGCGUCACCGACCAGCAGUUCGACUUUGUGUUUGCCGUCAACGUGACGGGCGUGUUCAACUGUCUGCGCGCGCAGCUCAGGGUGAUCAAGUCCGGCAGCAUCGUCUCGGCAGCCAGUACGUUUGGCCAGAUCGCGAUGCCGAACUGCUCGGCGUACUGCGCCAGCAAGGCGGCCGUCAUCGCCCUGUCCAAGUCGGCUGCCAAGGAGAAUCAACACGUCCGCAUCAACUGCGUUGCUCCAGGAACCGUUCUCACCCCAAUGUCCGCCGAUCACGAUCCCAAACGAGUCGAGGCAGGCAUCAUGGCCAACGCGCAGAAAAGGCUGGGCGCGGCAGAGGAAGUGGCCAAGGUGAUUGCGUUUCUCGUCAGUGACGAGUCGAGCUUUGUGACGGGGGCUGUCUAUAACGUUGACGGGGGGUGGAUAUAUUAGUAUAUUGUUGAAAGCAACAGGUAUAGGGUUAAGUUAAAG